GAAGGAGACAAGGGGACAAAAAAAAGUCGCGCGUUGCAAAUUGCAACAUGUCCAGACGCGACCGCUUUCAGCAACUUUGAUUCCAAACCACGUUUUCUGCCGUUUUCUUGCACAUGGUGAUGAGCUCUGCCUCGAUUUUGUUCAAUAAGCAUCUGCAUAUUUCGUCGGUGGCCUUUUUUUUUUGUUUCUUUUUUAGUCUUCCCCCCUCAGGCAGGCAGUAGGGGCUCAAAAGCUUCCCCGUUGAACGCCCGCCCACGUCGAAGCUAGUCGCCUUGGUCCGCUAGUUUCCGCACCUGCUUUCCAGCCAGGGUACCCCCCGCCAAAGAAAAGUCGACGAUCCCCCCAUCCACCAGCAUCGCAUCGACUUGUCUUUUUUUUAUCUUCUCCAAAGGCUCACACCAACUCCCAAAGCCCGACAAGGACGACGAGCAUCAGCAACAUACGAAUUGUAGAACUCGCCCAAGAUGGUCUACGUACGUCAGGAGCAGCUCCCAGCGCUCAAAGAGUACAAGUACUCUGGCGUCGACCACUCGCUGCUGUCCAAAUACGUGCUCAAGCCCUUUUACACCAAUGUCGUCAUCAAAAUCUUCCCCAUGUCCAUGGCGCCGAACCUCAUCACCCUGACCGGAUUCACCUUUGUCGUCGCGAACCUCCUCACCCUGCUGUGGUACAACCCCACUCUCGACCAGGACUGCCCACCUUGGGUCUACUACAGCUGGGCGCUCGGCUUGUUCUUGUACCAGACCUUUGACGCCGUCGACGGCACGCAGGCACGUCGUACCCACCAGUCCGGACCGCUCGGCGAGCUCUUUGACCAUGGCGUUGACGCCGUCAACACUUCCCUCGAGGUCCUCCUCUUUGCCGGCAGUCAGAACAUGGGCCAGAGCUGGUACACUGUUGCCGUGCUCUUUUCAUCCCUCCUGACCUUCUACGUCCAGACCUGGGAUGAGUACCACACCAAGACCCUGACUCUCGGCAUCGUCAACGGGCCCGUCGAGGGCGUCCUGACCAUCGUCGUCGUCUUCAUCCUGACGGGCUACCUCGGCGGAGCCUCGUUCUGGCAACAACCCAUGCUUCCGACCCUCGGCGUUCCCGUCUUCGAGUUCCUCCCCAGCUUCCUGUACAAGCUCUCCUUCACCCAGAUCUGGAUGGUGCAGGGCACGCUGGUUCUGGUCCACAACACGCUCGAGUCGUGCCGCAAUGUGAUCAAGGCCCGUCGCGCACAGGGCGACCGCUCCCGCUACGCCCUUGUCGGCCUGCUCCCCUUCUUCGGCACCUGGUCCUGCAUCCUGGCGUAUCUGUUCCUGCAGCCCAACAUCAGGCAGGGCCACCUGGUUCCGUUUGCGCUCUUUGCCGGCAUCGUCAACGCCUACUCGGUCGGGCAGAUCAUCACGGCCCACCUGGUCCACCUCAAGUUCCCCUACACAAACGUCCUGACCUUGCCCCUGGCCUGGGGCGUCGUCGACUCGCUCGGCCCCUGGCUGCUGUCCACUUUUGGCUUCGGCUGGCCCUCGGCCCUCGGCGACGGCGUCUACCAGGUCGCCUUCAUGUUCUGCCUCCUCGGCAUGGCCAUUGGCGUCUACGGCAGCUUUGUCGUUGACGUCAUCGUUACCAUCUGCGACUACCUCGACAUUUGGUGCUUGACCAUCAAGCACCCCUAUGUCGAGGGGCAGGAUAAUGGCAAAAAGACGAACUAGAAAGGGGCUGCUGUAGAAUAGAGUGGUGUUGGGGGUGUUUUAGAAACGAUGAAAGAAGGAUAUUAUCAACAUACUCGCAUGGUCCUGUUUUCUUUUUCCUUGAUUAGGGAUGUGAGCGAGUCGAGCUUUUGCCAUAGGACAUGGGAGCACACAGUCGAAGAUGAGGGGCAAGGAACCUAGAUUUGGUAUUCAGGGUGACAACGGUAGGGAUCUAGGGAUUCUUUUUGGUUUCGUUUUUGCUUGUUUUUUGAGUUGAGUCCUGGUCUUCCCCAGUCAAGAGUUCCCGGGAUCGGCUUUCCUGUUGGUUUUUGUUUCCUUUUCCAUCCUUGGUCUUGUGUCUUGUUCUUUUCUUUUUCUACAGAGAUACCAAAUAUGCAGGUCCGGUUUUGUCUUUUGGUUGGUAUAAUUUUGACGGAAACCUUCCCGCAAAUGGUGGC